AUGCGUCUGUACCCUCUCGCACUCGUGUUUUCUACUGUGACCCUCACCCGCAAUACGGAUUCCUCGCGGGUACGUGGUUUGUCAGUGGCCGAGCGGCCAUCGGGGAGGUUACAUGGGACCAUGACUGCAGAGGAGAGAGCGCAACCUCUAGCGCUUGGAGCGGAUGAAGGAGUGAUCAAGACGGCAGCUGCUGCGUUGGUGGCCAGCUUGCACUCCCAUGAUGCAGACGCCCCCGAGCCACUGACCAAUCUUGUCAAGACACACUUGACGUCUAUCGACAUGGAGGCUAUUGAGCUUCAUCUCAAGAGGUUAUGCGGGGGACAUGAAGCUACGCCCCCUGUAACCUCCGCGGGGGUUCUUGAAUAUCAACGGGGGUAUCAUCAAAUGAUAAGUGGGAGUGAGCACACGAGAGACGAGGUGAUUACAGUGGUUCGUAAAUCCGUCGAGGCUCAUCAGCUGCAGAUAGCCAAUGAUAUGGAGGCGACGCGAAAGAAGUGGAUAUCAGUCGAACGAGACCCUGACUACGUCUUCAAGGAGUUGUCUAUUGCAGGAAAUGGCGACGUAAACUGUUUUGCAUCGCCAAACCUCGGGGUGCUGAAGGAGUACAUCCGCCAGUACAAUCACCUCAUGCAUACCGAGAUUCGGUUAGUCGACACGUUCAUUAAUGGCUUCGGUGGUGAGGAUAAACUCGCAGUUGUAUUGUCGACUGUGAAGCUCAGUCCUAUCUAUCGGUUCCAAGCGCAGGACAUGCAAGAGAGGCUGUUUGAAAAGCUGAUAUGGCGUAAAUUGAAUAUCGACGGUUUUGCUGAUAGCCUGGGGAUGUCAGCAGAUACAAAGCGUGUGUUGGCGUAUCAGUACCUGGAAGCGGUCACCGCAUAUGCCUUAGCGUACGACAAAGCGCAUAAGAAGCAAACCGAUAUCUGCGUCUAUUUGAUAGGAAAGCUCGGCGACGCUGAUUUCGCACUGCGGAUUGGAUACGCGAAGUUCGUGAGCACAUCCUUCGCAAACAAGUUGGAGAAGAAGCUGUUUCGCAGGUGGGAAAUACUAGGUGCGCCGCGCAUCGAUCCCAGCCCAAUUGAAGCUGAUGAGAAGGUCAUGGACUCGAUGAAAGAAAGGUACGUCACGUUUCACGAUAAGAAUGUGGCUCUCUCGCGUCCGGCGGUUCUUCACAGCUUUUUCCCUCAUCCGUCACGUGCAAACCGGAGAUAA